UAACUCCAUUUUCUAAGUAUUAGCAUUACCUUGCAGAAAAACUUGAGUUAGUAGGGCAUAGAAGAAACAAUGAGCAGCACAGCGAUUCUAUCUAGGCUAUCAAUUCUUCGAGGAUUGGUGAAAGGCAAAUCAAAUUCCGCCAUUGUUAACUUGUUCAAUUCUCAAGUUUCUUCUUCCACAAAGCGCAUUACUCGUCUUCCCAGGAGAUUACCUGUUGAAUCCAGCUGCUUACUUUCAAUGUUGCCACUCCACAGUGCAAUUGCUUCUGCUAGAUUACAGUCUGUUUUAUCUGUUGACUCCCAGACUUGGUGUUUAGUUCCUCAAGGCAACUCCAUGCCUUUAUGAUGGAUACUUCAUCUGUUUUUGUAUGGUCUUUAGGGGCUCCUCCGAUUGGAAACAAUUAGAGCUAGAACAACCCCUUCCCCUUUUACUUGGUUUCUGAAAAUUUACAUUGUAUGCUUUUCUAAGACAACAAUUACUCAAGGAAACCAUGUUUCUUUUUUGUAAGUCACUUCUGUGAUGAUCAGUAGAUAUUUCAGGAUAAGAGAGCGAUCAAAAUGAUCCCGCGAAUACUUUUUCAUGAAUGCCUUAUUUCUAUGUUAUGCCAUCUAAUUUCUCAGGAUCAACUCAGGAAAGAAGAAGUCUUCUCUUCUGAGUUUGUGGGUUAUGGUUGC